GUGCAUUGUGGGAUCUCAAAUGCAGCACCAUUACUGCAUGUAGAGCAUGUGGCUUGCUGUGGAGCUGCCUUCCUUUCACCAAGGUCAUCUUGUCUUUUGAUACGGUUACAAUAUAGGUGCAGCCUGCAAGGAGGAGUGAAACCUCAAGUAAAUGGCCAUGGAGGAGGUUAUCUUCCAUCUCUAACAAGAGGUGCAGGAGCCGUACAGCCAGGAGCUGGAAUGGGACCAGCUGGAGCUAAAGCUGGAAAAUAUUCUGCCUUUGGGGCCCAAGGGCUUUUUGUAGGACUAGGUGUUCAAAAUGGAUUUGAUGCUACACGAGGUUUUGGGGGCAAACCAGGAAAGCCAGGUUACAGAAUGCCAGCUGGAUAUGGAACUGGCUUCAGAGGUGUUGGUUACCCCCAUCCUGUUCUCCCCUUGGGAGGUCUGGGAGCAAGAGGCAAGCCUUCCAAAGCAGGAUAUAUGGGUGGUGUUGGAGCUGGAAGCUUCCCAAGCAAUGGGAUGCAGAAUGGAUAUGGCAACGGUUAUGGAGCUGGAGCCAAUGGAUUCCCUCUUGUUGGAGCUCAGCCAGGUGUCCAGAUUCCAUAUGGCGGUCAGCUAGGCGGUUCAGCUGCUGCUGCUGCCGCCUUGUCCAAGUAUGGAGGGGCUGGACAACUUCCAUACAGAGGACAACCACAGCAACCAGAAGCUACCGGCCUAGGAGAUUAUGGUGCUGGCAGAUAUGGAGACCCCAGCCAGCUGCCAUAUGGUGCUCAACCUGCUGGUCUUGGAGUUGAGGGUAAAGCAGGACCAUUUGGUGGGCCACAAGUAGGAUAUGAAUCCCAGCGUGCCCAGGCAAUAGGAUUGGAUGGCAACGGAAAUGGACUAGGAUAUUUGAACAGUAGAGACCUUCAAGCUAAUGGACUGGGGGCAGGUGGAUAUGGCCCCCUUGCUGCAGGGCAAGCCCCAGGAGGAUAUGGUAGUCUGCUAGGCCCUGGACAGCCACUAGGAGGAUAUCGAGGGAAGGAAUCAAAGUAUGGAAUGGGAAAUGGCUACAGAGGCCGCUGCUCUUCUGGAAAAUGCUGAAAGACAAUAUUGCUCUGCAGAACUUCCAACAGCAAGAUCUAACAUUCUAGGCAAUCUUUGGUGCUAAAUGUAAAGACCAACAACUGCAUUCCCAAUAUAAAUGACUGUGUCUUUUUCUUUCUCUCUGUUUUAUUUUGUCAUUAGAAACUUUUCAUUUUUUAGAAAAACAUUGCAUGUUAGUUUUUAAAGCUUUGGUCAACUAUAUUUUCCACGGACUAAUAGUAUUUCUGUGACUGUACUACACAAAGAGUUUGAGAAGCUAGAAAUUGCUUUCCCCCCCCCCCCAAGACAUACCCUGUGAAUUCCACAGAUUAGGAGGCAGUCUAGAGACGUUUUUCAUCUAAUUAUAUGUCUGGAGGCCCAGACACCAAUGUCUUUUUACAUAAGAAUAAAUCCACCAUUCUCAGUGUCUUGCAUAUUUGUGGUAUCCUUGUUCAGCCUUGUAUAUUUGUGUAUAUUUUUUUAAAAAUCCUACUGAAUAUCUUCUAUUGCUGUGGUUUCCAUAAACUAAAUAUAUUAUGCAGAAACUAAAAGCUUACUGCUUAAUUUCUUCAAUAUUUUCUAGAUGCUACAUAAAUGUAUUACAUUAUUUCUAAACAUGGCAUUCUAAAACUGAUACUAUGGAAUCUAGAAAUGUUGGCAUCUUCAGAUUAAUUAUUGGAUAAUAAAUCUUUUUUCAUUUCUUACAUUAAAGGAUAAACAGUACUUGC